AGCCAUUCUGGCUCAAGGCGCGCCCCUCCAAGGGGUACUUGCCGGCGCGUCCCUCCGCGGGAUCCUUGCCGCCAGUGGGCAUGCCAGAGAGAUGCCGCAGACGCUUCCGGGGCAAGCAGUACGAGGUCCGCGUGCCGACCGGCCGGCUGCACGAUUGGGCAGAAGCCCGUCUGCGUCAGGCUCGCACAGUGACCGGGAUGAGGAAAGCCCUCCGGGACAUCAGGGCGCGCGUGCGGGCCGCUAGAUCCCGAGCUUACGCAGAGAGCGCCCUGAAGGCGGCCUCGGCGAGGCACUGGCACGUGGUGCAGCGCACUUCUGGCGGCCCCGUGCGGCCAAAGGCAGGUGCUCGCGUGAUCGUGUCUGUCGCCCGUCGGAACUCGGGGCGCGGCCAGAGCGUCCAUGGCAGGAAGCUGUCGCUGGCCCUUUGCCAUGGGCCUUUGCGGCGGGCGUGCCGCAAGGACGACCUGCUCGUUGUGGUCACGGGGAAGCCGUCCCCGCGCAUGCGACCAGCAGCGUUCCUGGACGCUGUGGAAGGUUUGAACGGGGAGAGGGCCUUGGUCGCCGCCUGCUUGGCUGACAAGGUGUACCCGGCGGUGCAGUACUACACGAAGGUUGGCCUCGGCAGGCCCGACUGCUGGUACCGCAAGGCUAGGAAGGGCGACAAGAAGCAGUACGUAGAUGCAAAAGGCAAUGCCUUUGCGCUCCGCACUCGGUUCCGCGCCGCGGGGGCCAAGGGCGACCACAACUUCGGAAGCAAUGACUUCAACAAAGUCGUGGUCUCCACUCACUUCCACAGGUCCGCCACCACGCUGGACGGGGCGCCUCGCGUGCCACCUUCCCUGUCCGGUCUCUUCAAGAAGUGGACGGGCCACGGGUGCAAGGUCCUCGAUCCGGGCCCUGCUGGGGCAGUGAAGCGGUGGCUGAGCGGCCUGUGACCGGCGCGCGCCGUGGUUACAGUGGAGCACAGACGUUCCUGGAAGGACCCUGUCUGGCGCUAUUCGGCUUUAUAAGUCCCUUAUUGUCUUCAGUUUCGCGGAUUGCUUGGAAAAGGCC